GGAGGCCAAAAAAAAAAAAAAAACAUACAACACUGGGGAUUCGCCGGUCGUCACCGACCCGACUACUAGUCCAGCGGUAUCCGGUUUAUCUAAUGGGAGAGCGGACGGGAUCCCGAGUUUUCCAGAUCCUAUGGUCGUAUGUGCUUGAACGGGGAGUUGUUACGACUUAUAAGGGUACCUCAUACAUAGAUGUCUACCAAACCCACCAACCCACCAACUCACCAACUUACUCUUCGACCGCCUGGAUAUACAUACGGUAUCGUGACGUGACUAUCCUAACCAGGUACCUACAAGUUUACCUCCGAGUCCCACCCCUGUCUGUCUCUGCCGGUCGUACACGCAUAACGACAAGCACAUGUCUCGAUCGUACUAGGUCUUACAAUAGAAUCACGUUUUUAUAUUUGUGGGAACCGCCGUAGCAAUCCCCUUCAGCAAAAAGUUGUCAUCCUACCGGAACGCCAUGCUCAUGCAAUGCUCCCCUUUAACAGCUGCACGUAGCUACCCCCCUCCUCGUCCUUGUAC